AAUACGUCACCUCACCACGCUCUCUCUAGCACGCAAAAUGUCAACUUUGACCUUGAACUUGGUCGAUCCUUUGUCAAAUCGUUAGUUGCGACUAGAGGUACUUGAACAAUAGACACAGCGCCUACAGGAGACACUCUGCUGGUCUGACUUGCUGUACUCUCAAAUCUGAUCACGAAGCCUUUCCAAGCUUUUCUCAACGGCCACUACCAACUCUUAUUACACCUUGCAAGAAUGACCUCUUCUCGACCUUCCGUGCUCGUUCGUGGUUCGAUCAACAUCGACGAGUUCUACUCAGUGCAAAAUAUCGUACGGCCCGGUCAAACCAUCGCCUCGCGCUCCCUCAAGAAGCUUCUAGGAGGAAAGGGAGCCAAUCAAGCCAAGGCUGUUGCAUGUGCUGGAGCGGAUGUCUUGCUCGACGGUGCUGUCGGAGGAGACGACGAGGGAAGGUCUGUUAAGGGGAAGCUUUGUGAUUAUAUUGAGGGAUCAGAGGGCAAGAUUAUUGGAGACAGGAUCGUCCUGGCCGAGGGAGUGUCGACCGGCAAGGCUGUCAUCCAGCUUGCCGACGAUGGCGAAAACUGCAUUAUCAUUCUCGGAGGCGCCAACACGCAUCCUCGACCAGACCCUACCCCGCUCAUCCCAGACAACAUCACACAUCUCCUCCUCGCCAAUGAAAUCCCCCUCGACUCCACACUGUCUUACCUCAAGGCCGCCCACUCCCGAUCCGCCACUACCAUCUUCAACCCAUCCCCGAUGCUCUCUGCCGAAGCACUCCGGGCUUUCCCUUUUGAUCAGCUCGAAUGGCUUAUUGUCAACCAGGGGGAGAUGUCUACGAUCUACGAUUCGCUAGUGGGCAAGGCAGACUCGAUUUCGGACUCUGAAGAUUCGCCAGAAAAGGUCAUUGAGAAUGCUCUCGCACUCUACAAGAAGUUGGAUUGCAAGACGAGCAUCCUUUGUACGUUGGGCGGUCAGGGGGUCAUCUACGUCCGGUCACUCUCGACGACGUCCAGCGGUACCGAUACCGAGAACGUUGAAUCCGGGCACCUCCCCGCUGCCAAGCUGCUCAAUCCUAUCAAGGACACUACUGGUGCAGGGGAUUGUUUCAUGGGGACUUUUGCGGCGGGGAUGGCUCGUCUCGCCAAAAACAACUCUGAGCGCAAGGCUGAAGUUUCAAAGGAAGACUUUACGGACGUCCUGAAGACCUGUUUAGUCGCUUGCUCGAUGUGCGUCGAAAAGGAAGGCGCUCAGGAUAGUUAUCAUCCAAUCUCGGCCGUCGAGGAGCGCAAGAAACAGACAUUUGCUUGAAGACCAUGCAAUCCAGACGUUGAUGGUAUUCUGACAAGGACGAAGGAUUGUCGCGACGCAACAGGAACAUGUCGAGACGAGCAGAAGAACAUGAGACACCGGGAUCGAGGAGACAGAUGGGCAUUUGGGUUGUAAGACAUAUGCAUGAGAUGAGGACGAAAAGAGUACAGACAGUCAA